AGUAUCCUCCUCUGCAGUUUACACCUUUUUUUAAGCUUUGCUGUGUAUGACAACAUAUUUUAAAGUAUAGCAGCUGUCUAUCAGGACAUAUACAAUGUCCAAACCUGGAUUUAGCUGCAGCUGACUGAUAAAACAACAUUUGAAAUGUGUGAAACACAAGCGAACGGUGCUUCGGAUCUGCUGGAUCUUCUUCACAUAGACCUGGAGGCGGAUGGAGAGGACACAAGAACCAGGAGAGACAAUACAGAGUGCUCUAAGAAUGUACUGAGGAAACAAAGGAACUGGAAGAGACAGCUGGCUGCCAAGAAGAGCAAAAGAAAAGACGAGAAACAGAGGAGGAGAAUCCACCGAGCACAAGAAUCCAGUCCUCACACAGACCAUCCUCAGUUUACCAAACGAGUCCUGAAGGCGAUCACAAAAGAGCGUUUGGCCGAGGCUCAGACCACCGGACUCAGACUGUGUGUUGACCUCAGUAUGACAGACUGCAUGUCAGACAAGGAGAUAAGCCGACUGGCUGGACAGUUACGGCGUCUGUACGGGUCGAACAGGAGAGCAGCUCAACCGUUUCACCUGAUCCUAACCGAUCUGAGAGAGGACACUCAACUCUACAGGGAGUGUGUUCGCAUGAAUGAUGGCUUCCUCAACUACACAAUGGAAACAACACAACAAAAUUGUUUAGACUUAUUCCCUCCAGAAGCUGUUGUCUACCUCACUCCUGAUGCUGAAGAAGCUUUGCAGACAGUGGAUGCGGACAAGGUGUACGUUCUCGGUGGUCUUGUUGAUGAAAGCAUCCAGAAGAAGCUGAGCCUGUCCAGAGCCAGAGAGCUGAGCGUCCGCACAGCCAGGCUCCCCAUCGACGAGCACAUGGUGAAGAGAAACAACGUGAAGAAUUUCCACUCCAAGAUUCUUGCAGUUAAUCAAGUGUUUGACAUCUUGUUAACGUUCUCUGAGACCGGCAGCUGGACUCAAGCACUGCAGGCCUGGUUUCCUGCGGGAAAGGGUUACGUAAUCUCAUCGGGGUGCUCAGCACUUCCUGCUCCAGCACAAAGUCAGGACGACGGUUAAAGAUGCAGGCAUUCAC